CCCUUCUCUAUUUAUUACUCAAAUCCUUCCGUUCAUUUCCUUCUCUUCUUUUCCUCCAACUCUCUCCCUCUAUCCCCUCUCUCUCUCUCUCUCUCUCUCGCCCAAAACCAAAAGGAAGAAGAAGCCUUUCACCAAGCAGAGAGAGUUCCAUAUGGCGGCCGAUGUUAGCUACCUUGUCAGGGGUAUGAGCGCCUACAAGAACGAUCGGGCUGUCGGCGCCGGCGAACCCUCUCUGAUUACAAGGGAUUUGCUCGGAGGCGGCGGCGGCAGUACUAGCUCCGCCGUCGGUGGGUCGGACGGCAAUGAGUUUCAGGAAUUGGACCUCGACGUCCAAGUCCCCGCUGGCUGGGAAAAGCGCCUCGAUUUGAAGACAGGGAAGGUGUACUUGCACAGAAGCAACGCAUCAUCAGCUUCGCCGUCGUCCUCCUCCGACCACCGCCACAACCUCAGCCAAACGUUCCCCAAGCUCCAGGAUUUGAACUUCCCGCCGUCGUCGUCGAGAAUCACGCUCAACCUCUUCGACGAGAGCAGCCUGGAGCUGAAACUGACCGCCGCGGCAGCAGCCAACUACCAAAGCGUCUGCACUCUGGACAAGGUCAAAUCGGCCUUAGAGCGGGCGGAGAGGGAACCCGUCCACGCCGCGGCGGCGGGAAGGAAACGGUUCCCGGCGGGGAAGUCGUCCCUGUCCCCUUCUUACUCGUCCUCGUCGUCGUCUCUGUUUCUGGCUUCUUCAGGGGAGGAAGAAACAGAGGAAGCAGGUUCCCCUGUGGCGGCGGGAUGCCCUGGGUGCUUGUCGUACGUGCUGAUCAUGAAGAACAAUCCCAAGUGUCCGAGGUGUAACUCGGUUGUCCCGAUGCCGGCGAUGAAGAAGCCGAGGAUCGACCUCAACAUCUCCAUUUGAAGGCGGCGGCGUUUCUUUUUUGUACAUGAAUAGAUAGGAGGAAUUAAGGUUUAGGAAUUAAGGCAGGAAGGCAGGCAGGGGAUGGAUUAUUAAUUAAGGACAGCAAAAGGGUAUAUUAGAGGGGAGCCGGGAAGGGGUAUAAGAAAGACAAGGAUUUUCAUUAUUAUAUAUGAUGGUUAGUUAAUGCAUAUAAACUAUGGUUAUGGAGUUAUAAUUUUUGUUUUUAUUAGGGUUUAAUCAUUGUUCUUUCUGGG